AGGCUUUGCCCUAGAAUUUCCAAAUACAUGCAGGGUCAGACAGUGGAAGUUUAUUCCUCUUGCGCAGCAUUAUGGAGCUUCAAACUCAAACGGGAUUUGCCUAAAAUUCGAUUUUUCAGGGUAAAGUCUCUAUCUUUCUCUCCCUCUUAGAGUUUCCAUACUCAAAAUCAAAAGUGGUUUAUCAUACUGUAACUUCUCGACUUCCUUCAGUUACUGUACCUCAUUCCUCACAGUGCUUCCUCCGAUACUGAGCCUAAUUCACAGUUUGGAUUAUAGAUUUUUUGAGUUUAUGUUCACAUCAUGUCUAAUAAUCCAACCACCUCAAGAACUCAACCCAGUUUCUCGAAUGUUCCUAAACCCCAAAUUUUGAUGCAAAACAACGGUGUGGGCAUGCAAACACAGCCUCUUUCAGGUGCAGGCAAUCACCAAGGUCAAAACUUGAUGACCCCUUUUGUGCCCAACAUGCAACAGCCCAUGAACACACCACCUUUCAUGAAUGCUGCUAAUCAGUUCCUUCCCUUGCGGAACAAUCAGAUGCAUCUACCUCAUAUGGGUUUGGUUGGUCCUCUACAGGGUCAACCCCAUGCGGGGGCUUUAGGUCAACAAAAUAGUGUAGGCAGUGCCAAUUACAAUCCAAUGUUUCCUGUUCAGGGACUUGCCAUGCAGAAUGCAGCUCCAAUCAAUUUGUCUCAACUUCAGGGGCAACUUUUAGCACAAGGUAUUUUGAAUAUGCUUCAACAGCCUAAUCUGAACUUGAGUAUGCAAAAUGGUCAAUUUUGUGCCCCAUAUCAUGUGCAAAAUAUGAAUCAACAGUUACCUAUGCAAGUACCAAACCCUUCUCAAGUUGUUCCAUAUAGUAUGCUUCCUAGUUCUUGUCCAAUGUUUGGGUUUCCAAACCAAGUGGCUCAGCCUAUGGUCCCUCAAAGUUCAGUCUAUUCUUCAAAUUCCCAGUUUGGUCUUGUGCCUGGAAAUCAGGUUGGGCUGCAGAUUGAUCCAAAUGAGAAAAACCUGGUUCCACCAAAUGCGAACACAAAUGCUUUUGUAUCAUCAUCACCGUUUUCAUCUCAGCAGUUGCAAGGCAAUGCUUCUGGACCACUUAAUCCCAAUUCAGUUCAUGCAAAUAACUCUCAGCCUUCUGCAUUUACGAAGUCACACUCACAGGAUAAUCCUAAUAGCAAUGUUAAAACUAAUGUUCCAAAAUCUAAUUGGAAAGGAUCACCAAGCAAACACUUCAAAAAUAAACCAAAUCAAGGGGGGUUUCAAGGAGGAUUCCAGAAGUCUAAAUUUCAUGAUAUCAACAAUGGAAAGAGGAGAAUUGGGUUUCCUAAAGAACAUAAGGGCAAAGGGCCUAACAAUGGGAAGGCAGGACAGGAUGCUUUAAAACCAAAGGAACUUAAGCAGGAACAGGAAAGAUCCUUCUCUGUGACAUACACUGAGCAAGAAAUCCAACAGUGGCGUGAAGCACGGAAAAAGAAUCACCCUUUCAGUAACAAUAUUCAGAAGAAGCACAGUGAACGCCUGAAAGACUCCAAGGUCAUUGAUAGGGAGGUCUUACAAAGAGAGCUAACGAAGGUUUUAGCAAAGCAAGCUGAGUUGGGACUUGAAGUUGCUGAAAUUCCAUCAUGCUACCUGAAGAAUUCUGAAAAUCAAGGUCUUCAGAGUGAAGGAAAAAACAAAUUUACUAACAAAAGAAAAUUCCAAAACAAGUUCAACAAGAAAUCAGACAGAAAAGGUCGGUUUGCCAAGAAGCAGAAGUUUGCUGACAAAGAUUUUUCAGAGAACCCUUCAUCAAAGAAGAGGAAGCCAACUUUAUUGCAGAAACUUUUAAGUGCAGAUAUAAAGAGGGAUAAGAGCUACCUGUUUCAGGUUUUCAGGUUCAUGGUAAUGAAUUCUUUCUUCAAACAUUGUCCUGAAAAGCCACUGAGGUAUCCAUCAGUCCUGAUUGAAGAAAAUGGAUCUGAAGGUGGUGGUGAAGGAAAAUACUUGCACACUGGACAAGAUGUUCUUAAACCCGAGAAUGAGAGCACAGUUCAAAAAAUUGUAAACCACAAUAAUGAUAAGGGCCGUGAUAGUGAAGAUGAAGACAGUGAUGAUGAUGACAAUGACACUGUUAUUGAUAAUGAUCCACACAAAGAACCUUCUUCCUUGGUUGAAAGAAAUUGUGAUAAUGGAGAAGGAAUUGAGGGAUCUGAUGAAGAGGAGGGAGAAAUUAUAGAAUAAACUUAAGAUUACUCUCUAUUUUUGCAGCAAAGAUUUUGAUUACUAAGAUGUUAAUAUUUUCUGUUAAAUCAGUUUUGUUUCCAUUAUUAUUCGAUAUACCUUAAUUCAUCGCAAUGCUCUAGUUUAGGACUUGUUUGAAUAGCAAGUUCUUAACUAUUGUUUCAAAGGGAGACAACCAAGGGAACAUCCAUUCAAUUAUUAAAGCAUUAACAACUAUGUAGCAAAAUCAUGUAAGAGGACUGCCUUAACCUUUGUAAUCUUUAGUAGGGAUGAAAAUGAAGUGUUAAAGAAAAAAAAAUGUACAUAGGAGGGGUUGAUUGGGAUGUUUUUGUUAAAUUUUCAUGGCUUAAACAGAAUCAAUUUUGAUUGAUGAAUAUAGUGUGAACACCUCUUUGAUGUGUCUAAAUUAAAUUGCAAGGAGUUGGAUUAUCUC